AGAGAAGAAUGGGAAAGGGAAUGGGACUGUGUGUAGAGGAGGCGACGUGUGAAAACAUGAGGACAACCGAUAGUUUAUUGUAGAUAUUUUAAAAUACAGAUAAUUCCACAUAUCCUUAGGUAUUUUAUUUGUUUUUCCCCCUGAGGGUUGGGCGCUUGCUCCCAUUGGAGAACACAGGAGAGGACCCUCGUUGUGAAUCCCAAUUGCGGUAAAAAGCCCUGUCACCGAGAGGAGCAGUGGUUUCAUUCGACCUUUAACCUCAUCAGGAAGAAGGGAAAGCCACUUCAGAGAUGGACCAGGUGUCAGAUGAUGAGUUGGACCAUGGGGCGGAGGAGGACAGCGAUAAGGAGGAUCAGGACCUGGACAAGAUGUUUGGAGCCUGGCUUGGCGAGCUGGACAAGCUCACACAGAGUCUGGACGAUGGCCGGCCCCAGAAGGCAUUGCAGAAGCCCCCUCUCAGGCAGGAGACCAACAUGGCCAACUUCUCCUACCGCUUCUCCAUGUACAACAUCAAUGAGGCGUUGAACCAGGGAGACACCGUAGACUUGGACGCCCUGAUGGCUGACCUGUGCUCCAUCGAGCAGGAGCUCAACACCAUCGGCAAGCCCAACUCCUCGUCCCGCAGCCAGGGCCAAGCCAAGCAACGGGCUCCCGGGGGCCGCAGUGCCAGCACCAAGCAGAGCAGUGGGGGAGGGAGCAGCAGUGGAGGGAGCACCAGCAGCAGCACCCGGGCGUCGCCUGCCAACACGGUUCGCGGCGGCAGCGUCAACACCCGGCCCGUGGCCUCCAACUUCUCCCUGGACGACAUCACGGCUCAGCUGGAGAAGGCCUCGCUCAGCAUGGACGAAGCGGCCCGCCAGACCUCGUCUUCCUCCUCCUCUUCCUCCUCUUCCUACUCCUCCACCACGCUGCGGCGGCCCUCGUCCGGCUCCUCUGGCGGCGGGCAGCACCGGAGGACAGGCUCGGUGGGCACGGUCAGCGAACAGGAAGCUCCAUCCCAGCGCUCCAGUGUAAAUUCAGCAUGUGCCUCAGCGUCCAGCAUGGACUCGCUGGAUAUCGAUAAAGUGCUGAAGGGAGGAGAGGCGGAGGGUCAGAGCGCCCCGAACGCACAGGGACAAGGCCAGACCAGCACCGAGCAUGUCACACUGCGGCGGGCCAAUGGUAAGACGGCCAGACGGCAGCUUGACUUCACCUCGGGAGAGAGGGAAGUGGAUCAUGCCACUCACUCCUAUCUGGACCGAGAAACCUCGCUCAUUCUGAAAAGCAUAGCUGGAAAGCCCUCUCACCUCCUGACCAAGGAGGAACAGGCUGCCAAAUUGAAGGCAGAGAAGAUCCGAGUUGCCCUGGAAAAAAUCAAGGAGGCACAAGUCAAAAAGCUGGUGAUCAGGGUCCACAUGUCGGACGAGAGCUCCAAGACCAUGAUGGUGGACGAGAGGCAGUCGGUCAGGCAGGUGCUGGACAGCCUGCUGGACAAGUCGCACUGCGGCUACAGCCCAGACUGGUCCUUGGUGGAAACCAUCAACGAACUGCAGAUGGAGCGAAUCUUUGAGGAUCAUGAGAAUUUGGUGGAAAAUCUGCUAAACUGGACCCGAGACAGUCACAACAAGCUCAUGUUCAUCGAACGCAUUGAGAAGUACGCCCUGUUCAAGAACCCUCAGAACUAUUUGUUGGGGCGGAAGGAGACGUCAGAGAUGGCUGACAGGAAUAAAGAGGCUUUAUUAGAGGAGUGUUUCUGUGGCAGCUCGGUGUCCGUGCCAGAGAUUGAGGGGGUGCUGUGGCUGAAGGAGGAUGGGAAGAAGUCAUGGAAGAAACGAUACUUCCUCCUCAGGGCUUCAGGGAUCUACUAUGUCCCCAAAGGCAAAGCCAAGGCCUCCAGAGAUCUGGUGUGCUUCCUGCAGUUGGACCAUGUUAACGUGUACUAUGGCCAGGACUACCGCAGCAAAUACAAGGCUCCUACUGACUACUGCCUGGCUCUUAAGCACCCACAAAUCCAGAAGAAAUCCCAGUAUAUCAAGUAUCUGUGCUGUGAUGAUGUCAGAACUCUGCACCAAUGGGUGAACGGGAUUCGCAUCGCCAAGUAUGGGAAGCAGCUAUAUAUGAACUACCAGGAAGCCAUGAAGAGGACAGAGGCGGCGUAUGACUGGUCCUCCCUCUCCACCUCCAGCAUCCGAUCAGGCUCCAGCUCCGCCAGCAUACCUGAGUCCCAGUCUAACCAUUCAGGCCAGUCAGACAGUGGGGUGGACACAGGCUCCUCUCAUGGCCGGUCCCAGAGUGUGGUCAGCUCCAUCUUCUCCGAGGCCUGGAAGAGAGGCACCCAGAUGGAGGAAAACACCAAGAUGAGGAUGGAGUCAUCCAGAGGUGCCACACUCCCACAUUCUGGUCACAGCCACCGGCAUCACAGCCAACACUCAGUCGACCAUCCCGCACCAACACCCCCUCCCCAGUCCCAGCCUCAGCCGCAGCCUCAGUCCCAUCACCACCCUCCCCAGCAUCAACACCCACCCCAGGCCCAGCACCCCCCUCUGCAGGCCCAGCCUCCACCACCACCACCGCAGCAUCAGCACCUUCCCCCCCAGCCUCAGCCUCCUCAACAGGCUGCCCCACCGCCACCCCAGUCCCCCCAGCAGCCACCACAGCCCCCCCAGCAGCAGCAGCAGCAACAACUACAACUACAACAACAGCAACUACAACAGCAACUACAACAACAACAACAACAACAACAACAACAACAACAACAACUACAACAGCAACUACAACAACAACAACAACUACAGCAACUACAACAACAACAACUACAACAGCAACUACAACAACAACAAUUACAACAACAACUACAACAACAACAAUUACAACAGCAACUACAACUACAACAACAACAACUACAGCAGCAACUACAACUACAGCAACAGCAGCAGCAGCCUCCCCCUCCUCCUCCCCCUCCGCCUCCGCCUCCCCCGCCCCCAGUCCAGAGCGUGUCGCACCACUCUCCAGCUCCCACCAUGUACAAGUACAGCACAAUCACCAGGUUCCAGAACCAGAAGGCGUCCCAGGCUGCUAACCACCACAGGUUGCCCAAUCACCUCCACGCCGGGGCCCAGCAGGUCCUGCCCCCGGGGCCGGUACCUCCAGCAGCGCAAGUGUCUGUCAAGCCCCAGGUCAAGCCCCAGGUCAAUCACAUCCCACCUGCAGCUAACGUCCCACCUCCGCCUCCUCCUCCUCCUCCUCCACCACCUUCAAUGCCCACCCCCGGGUCGGCCAUGGCUGUGCUAAAGCUGGGCCCUCCUAGCCCGGCUUCCCCGAUGGCCUUCACCCCUCCAGCUCCACCUCCUCCACAAGCCAAUGGAGUUGCGUUUCCUCCCCCUCCUCCUCCUCCUCCACCACCACCAGCUCCCAUGCCCGGUGUGUGCCAACCUGUGUGCCACAACGGGCUGAAGCAGGCGCUAAAGGAGAGGUUCCCCAGCCCACCGCGGGAGCUCCUCUCUCCAAACGGAUACCUUGAGGAGUCCCCACCACCUGCUCCGGCUCCACCGCCCCCACCUCCUCCCCCUCCGCCACCCCCACCACCUCCACCUCCCCCGCAGCAGUUCCCAGUGCCGGCCCAGUUCCCUCCUCCUCCUACACCCCCGCCAGCCCCACCCAAAACCUUCACGCCGGGCUUCCUCCCUCAGACAGCCCCCAAGCCCGUGUCACCUGUCUCACCAUUCCCUCCCGCGCCACCUCCUGGUGCUUUGGGUGGCCCAGCCCCGCCACCACCCCCUCCCCCUCCUCCACCUGCUCCCCUGAAGAAGCAGUUCAGCCUUCAGACAGGCCACGCCUCUGGCCCGCCUCCUCCCACGCUGCCCAAACAGCACAGCCUGUCCAAGCCACCGCCCAUUUCCACCGGAGCCCCUCCUGCCACCUCCUUAGUCAAGCAGAUAGCCAGCCAGUUCCCAGGCGCCUCGUCCCAAGCAGCCAGUCACGCUGAGAGCCCCAAAGCGCCCCUCUCCCCACCUGCAGUGAAGGCCAAACCAAAAUGGCAGCCAGGUGGUGGCCAGCAGUCGCAGUCUUCAGACUUCCCACCUCCUCCACCUCCAGAGACCAACACAGGCUUCCCUGCUCCUCCUCCACCUCCCCCACCUCCUCCCGCCCCCGUCACGGGCCCCACCCCACCUCCUCCCCCUCUUCCCCCUGGAGGCCUGGGUUCCCCCUUGAAGAAGUCCCCCACCGGCCCCUCCUGUUUUGGAAUGAAGAAACCUCCUCCCACCCCGCAGAGGAACUCCAGCAUCAAGUCCGACUCCUCAGCUUCCUACCAGGAGUCCAGGAGGAACCUACUCAGCAAGUUUGCCCCACAGAACAACACGCCUUCUUCCUCCUCCUGUCCUGCCUCCUCCUCCACUGGAUCCCCCUCCAAGGACCCCCCAGCUGGACCCCCUGCUCCCCCCAAACCAGGCAAGCUCAACCUAGCCAACCUGCCGUUGGCUCUCCAGGCAAAAGUGGGCCAGGCCCGGCAGUCCAGUGGCGACUUCCCAUCCCCGCCACCUGAGUGCGCCUACUUCCCUCCUCCCCCACCAGCCUCUGAGCUUUUGCCCCCUCCACCGCUCCCUGGCGGUGACGCCCACAGCGGAGCCCCCAAAGUGGCCGUGGUCAACCCCCAGCCACAGGCUCCCCCUCCCCCUCCGCCUGUCUCCCUCGUCAGCAACCCCACCUGGGGAAAGGGCUCACUGAAGAAGACUCCACCUCCCACGCUUGUUCGGCGUAAUAACACUACCCCGGAGCCCCCCCCACUCUCUCCGCCGCCCCAGCUCCCUCCACCCACCUCCCCAAAGGGCAGCUCAGGCCAGCCCAACUUCCUGGAGGACCUCAACCGGACUCUGAAGCGCAAGUCCGUGGGCCGCCAGGGCUCGCUCAACGCCUCUCGCCUCUCAGGCAAGCUGGACCCUGCCGGCACCAUGGACGACAUGGCGCUGCCUCCCCCGCCCCCUGAGCUGCUCCUGGACCAGGAGAAGCAGGGCAACGGGGGGAACGGGGGCUACAUGUCCGGGAACAUCUCAGGCUAUGCAACGCUAAGGCGAGGACCCCCGCCCGCGCCACCCAAACGUGGGGACAACACCAAACUUACCGGAGAGUGUUGAGUUCAGGAGACCAGGACACAGAAGACGGAUGGAUACCGAAGUGAAAAUCCAUUUGUGAGACAGGAGAGACGCUGACUUCACUCUGCCCUCCGAGGGUCACGAUGAUAAUAAAUAGACUGUGUAUAUACUGAAAGCCAAAUCAGACCAAGGUCAAAUAGUGUUUGCAAAAAAUGAUAGCAGUUGUUUUAACCUUCUUGGAGUCCUGGAUUGGUGGUUUUACAGCAUUGAAACAGUUCAGACUGAAGUAGUUAAAUUCCACAGAAAAGUACCCAAAGUAUCCAGAAUUGCAGCCAAAUACUUUCCUGUAUUUGUCUAAAGCUUUCUGGCAAUCUUUGUAUUGCCCCGUGCGGCAAACCCCACCAGUCUGGUGCUUCACGCAGAUUAAAAUGAAUACUUAACAGAAUUGUGCAAAUAUUACUGGAUCCAGGUCUGAGCCAAUCCAUGUAUCUGCUUCUUUGCCAUAAGUUUGUGCCACGUAUUGGAGACAAAAAAAAAAACAACAAAAGAACUCAUCAGGAUCUUUCUGCUUUGGUACUGCAUGGACCUCCUGUAAAAACAAGCUGUAAAACAUGAAGCUCUUCUGUUGUGUGCGAACGUGAGAGAGAGAGAGAGAGAGAGAGAGAGAGACUGAGAGUGAGUAUGCACACAUGCAUUGUGUUUGUGCAUGUAUGUAUGAUUAUUAUAGGUGUGAAGUAGUAAAUGUUUAGGAAGGCCUUUGUGGAACAGGGAUUGUUAGUUUUGCUUUUAUAUGAAAUUAUUUAAUGAUCGAUAAAUGAAAGGAUUUUCUUUUUUUUUUUUUUUUAUAAUUCUGUCUUUUAAUACCUGGUCAAUAAAGGCUAGAGAGGAACACAAAAAUGUUCGGGCACAAUGGAAUGUACUGGGAAAGAGUUUGAAAUCGUUUCGAAUUGACGCACAUGCAGGCAAUGAUUCAGCAACUUGAAAAAGCUAAAAAAAAAAAAAAAAUCUUCUUAAAUCCGUUACUUUUUGCUUCUCAAGCAUUCCUCGACUUUCUCUCCACUGGGUUACAUGUCAAAUAUGAAUCAGAAGGAAGCCUUAUUCACAGAUUUGCACAGAUGUCAAAGCAAAAGGAGAUUCUUCCAAAGACUCAGUCGAGUCAGGUCUGUGCAACUGGAACAAAUUACUUUUUUUUUUUUUUAAUUCAACGCAAAGAAAAUAAAUGUGGCCUAUAAUGAACUUCUAAAACUUGUGGGGAGGCCUGUGAUGGUGUGUGUUAGUGGGCCGUGUGAGUUGGUGGCGUGUGUGUUCCCUGUGUGUUGGCUUGAUCUUGGACCUGAUCUUUUAGUUUGUAUCUGUACAGUUUCAGCUGCUGCUCCCUCGUCAGUCCCCGCCGCCUUCAAACGUCACAUGAUGUCACAACCCAGGAAGUAGAAUGUACAGAUCGGAUACUACGCCCGUGUGCAGUGUGCUCAUUCUGUCCCCACAAGGUGUGACCCCCCCCUCAUCGAAAAAGACACAUUUGUCUCGUUCAUGUACAGAGCAUUAAAUGAUGUAGUCGAUAACUGAAAGGCUGGAGGGAUCUAGCGAAAAGCCCCAAUCGUCUGACUGGCAUUAGACUGAAUGUUGCUUUCAACUUUGUGUGUCUAUCGUAUCUUGUUUCUUCAUGGUGCCAUUACUGUCUCGGCCCUUAGCACAGAGGGACUGAGCUCAAGUCUUGAUUUUGCACCCCUAGAGUGGAUCAUGGAUGUUUUAUCAUGUUUAUUGCAGCAAUGCCUUCAUUUUUAGGGUGCUAGUGCUGUCCUUUUGAAGAACUGUGAUCUAUCUCAUUCUCAACAUGGCCUCAUGUGUCAGGAUGACAUAUCAUUUAUAAUCACGGACCAUUAACACUGGUCUUAAAAUAGCUAUAGUAUGGCAACGGUAGCUUCAGGGCUAAAAGGUCAAGUCCCACUGCCAGUGUGCUUUGAAAGAGGUUGAAACAAUAGACCUCAACAGAGACCAUUAUAUCAACAGGUUGAAUGAUCUCGUAAAGAAAACCUCAAUUGUAAUAAGUGGUUCUGUAUAAGGCCUGUUUAACAUGUUAUCCUGUUAUCCUACUUACCCACAGUGCUUUGUUUGCCACUUGAAGGCAGUGUACCUUUUCAUAUAACUGAAUAUCAUUGUCCUUCACGGGAUGUUUGCUACAGUGCAGUAUGUAAGUUAUUGAUGUGCUGACUCUGAACAUGUGGAGGCCAAAUGACAUGAAGAAAAACAUGUGGAGAUACAGAGUAAAUGUGUCCUCUUGCAUAUAAACAGAAAAAUCACAAUAUAAAUGUUCAAACCAGA